GAUCUCUAUACAUAAAUUAAUAAACAAUUGGCGAUGAGAUAGAGGAGUAGAAGAUUUCGUUGAAAAGAUGUUCCUGAUAUAACUUACUAACCUGGGUUAAUAUUUGUAAUUUGGAAAAUCGAAGAAAUUUGCUAUUGUUUGUGGUUACUAAUGGGUGUUUUAGGCAAGUUACUAGUAUUUGUCGGACUAAUCACUAUCAUCCAUGCUGGAUAUUCGUCGGAGCAAUAUAGAACUUAUUUGAAGCUUAUUGAAGAAGAAUUCACAUCUCUGCCAAAAGAUAUUGUGUUACAAUGUGUUUUUGGUCUCAUACUCGGAUCAAUUGGUGCAGUCAAUAUGGCUGGAGCGUUCAAGGAAAUUAAAGCAUCUGCUGAUUUAGUUAAUAAAAGUUGGGAAACAGUGGGAAAUAGACAGUCUUUCUACUCAUUUCACCAUCGAGGAAAAGUUAUGAUGAAAAAUGUGAUGACCGAGUAAAAGACCUUUUUAUUGACUUUAAAUAAUAUAUUGAAAUUGAUAAUCCACCAUCCUAGGAUACCUUACUGGUUCAUAUUUUUGCCUUUCAUAAUGUUUUUGUCCGAUUACCAUAUUGCAUACAUAAUUUUGCAACAAUUUUGCAGUUAAUUGCAUACUGUAGUUAUAUUUAAAACAUAUUUCAUACAUACCCAGAGUUCUAGAAAAAAUCAAUGCGCACCUGGCCAAAAUGAAAAAUGUUAAAAUUUAAAAUGUUAAGGCCCUUGUGAAUAAAGUAAGUUGAAUAUCCUGAUCAACAUCACUAUAGUUUAAGCAGGAUCAUAAAUGCUCAAGUGCUCUGUAUUAAUGUAAAUUUCAAAUGUUCAGUUAUUGUCUCUGAAAGGAAGGAUGAAACAAACAUUAACAAUAAAAGUUCUUAUUUCGUAAACUUAACACAAUUAUAAUUGAACAAAAAAGAA